AUCUCUCUCUCUCAAUCUCUCUCCCUUUUUUCGCUCCUUUCCGCCUCCAAUCUUCUAAUUACAAAAUCACUAACGCUUUUUGAGUAAUUCCGACGACCACAGAGCUCUCAAAGUCCAUGCAUCAUGCCUCUCUUCAAUCACAACUCUCCUCUUUUCAUUUGCGCCGCCGCCCUUUGCCCUCUUCUUUUCCAAUUUGUUCACUUCGCCUGCUCUCAAUCUUUCAUUGGCGUGAAUUAUGGACAAGUCGCCGACAACUUGCCCCCGCCCGCUGCCACCGCGAAGCUACUCCGGUCCACUAGCAUUGAGAAGGUCAGACUGUACGGAGCCGAUCCAGCUAUCAUCAGAGCCUUGGCCGAUACCGGCAUCGGCAUUGUUAUUGGCGCAGCCAACGGAGACAUUCCCGCGCUUGCCUCCGACCCUAAUUUCGCGGGACAAUGGGUCGCCACCAACGUCUUGCCUUAUUACCCAGCUAGCAAAAUUCUCGUCAUCACCGUCGGUAAUGAGGUCAUGACCGCCACCGACCAAAACCUUAUUUCUCAACUCUUACCGGCGAUGCAAAAUGUCCAAAACGCCCUCAAUGCUGCUUCGCUUGGUGGGAAAAUUAAGGUGUCGACGGUUCAUUCAAUGGCCGUGUUGACUCAGUCCGACCCGCCAUCAUCCGGAACAUUUAACCCGGGUUUCGGGGGCACAAUGAAAGCGUUAUUGCAAUUUCAUCAAGCCAACGGUUCCCCUUUUAUGAUAAACCCGUAUCCGUAUUUUGCAUACCAGAGUGAUCCACGGGCCGAGACGUUGGCUUUCUGUCUCUUCCAACCCAAUGCUGGACGAGUCGACUCAGGAACGGGUAUUAAGUACAUGAACAUGUUUGAUGCUCAGGUGGAUGCAGUACAUUCUGCCCUCAAUGCAUUGGGAUUCAAGGAUGUCGAGAUUGUGGUUGCAGAGACAGGGUGGCCAUACAAGGGAGAUCCCACUGAAGUUGGCCCAAGUCUGGACAAUGCAAAAGCCUUCAACGGGAACUUGAUAAGCCACCUCAGAUCAUUGGUUGGCACUCCCCUGAUGCCUGGAAAGUCUGUUGACACCUAUAUAUUUGCCCUCUUUGAUGAGGAUUUGAAACCCGGGCCAAGCUCAGAACGGUCAUUUGGGCUCUUCAAGCCUGAUCUCUCUGUGACUUAUGAUGUUGAUCUUUCAAAGAACAGUCAGACUCCUACAACUCCAGCAACUCCGGCAACUCCUGCCCCUGUGAGUCCCACAACUCCCAUAACCCCAGUUACACCAGUACCAAAGCCAGCAGCUGGUUGGUGUGUGCCCAAACCGGGUGUUUCUGAUGCUCAAUUGCAGUCAAAUCUUGACUAUGCCUGUGCCCAAGGUAUUGAUUGUAGUCCAAUUCAAACUGGUGGAACAUGUUUUGACCCAAAUACUGUGGCAGCACAUGCUGCCUAUGCAAUGAAUCUCCUCUAUCAAACUGCUGGCAGGAAUCCUUGGAACUGCGAUUUCCUGCAGACCGCCACUCUUACUUAUACUAAUCCAAGCUAUGGUCAGUGCAGUUAUCCUGGUGGCAAUACAUGAAGAGAAAGGGAUAUUAUUUGGAUAGCUGAGGUAAUAAUAAGCUUGAGUGUCAUUGGCCAGCAGAAGUAAUCAUUUCAUGAUAUAUAGCUAAACAAUCGUCAAGUUGUGAAUUUCAUUCUAUUGAAGGAAAGGGCAGGGCAGAAAAUAAGCCUUUUUUGUCUAUCCUAUUUUAUUUGGCUUUCA